AUGAAUUGUUCAAUGUUUUCAGCUUGGAUGGAUUGUAACCAAAGAGAUGAAGUUGCCCGAGAGCUUACUUAUGUUGAAUUCCCUACUAAGUUUGUGUUUAAAAAGGAUGAACGUUGUUGGAAACGUCGGAAACCGGGUGGUUUUGCAAUUGGAAGAAUUCAUGUUGUUUCUCCUACUCUUGGUGAGGCAUAUUUUUUGAGGAUUCUUUUAAACAAACUUAAAGGUCCUCGAUCCUUUGAUGAUAUCCUCACUGUAAAUGGUCCUAAAUUUAAUACAUUUAGAGAAGCAUGUUAUGCUCACGGUCUACUAGAUGAUGACAUGGAAUAUAUAGAAGAUAUCCAAGAAGCAAGUCAUUCAGGCUCCGGUUAUUAUCUUCGCACACUCUUUGCUACGAUGUUGACGUGCCAGACUCUAUCUUUGCCGGAACGUGUAUGGCAAAAAACAUGGGAAUUAUUAUCAGAUGGCAUCCUCUAUAAACAACGACAUAUUUUAAAGUCUCCAGGUUUAUGCCUCACUGAUGAUGAAGUUAAAAAUCUCACAUUGUACGAGAUUGAGAAGAUUUUAAUUCGUAAUAAUUCCAGCUUACGAAAUUUUAAUACAAUGCCUUAUCCUGAUCAUGAGUUGAUUUCUACUUCAAAUAAUCGUUUGAUUACUGAAGAGCUGGAUUAUGAUAGAAUUGAUCUUCAAGAGCAGUUUGAGAACCUUUUAGUUUCAUUAACCGAUGAACAAAGAUUUAUUUAUGAUGAUAUCAUGAAAGCGGUUGAAGACAAUAAAGGUGGUGUUUUUUUUGUUUACGGUUUAUGGAGAUCAAAAGGGGAAAUUGUUUUAAAUGUUGCCUCAAGUGGGAUUGCAUCUUUGCUUCUUACAGGAGGUAGGACAGCUCACUCUCGAUUUCUCAUUCCGAUUAAUCUGAAUGAAGACUCAAUGUGUACUAUAAUCCCUAACGGUGAUGUUGCAAAUCUAUUAAAAAAAACAUCAUUAAUUAUAUGGGACGAAACGCCAAUGGUACACCGACACGGUUUUGAAGCUUUGGAUAGAACUCUAAAAGACAUAUUGAAAUGUGAUGGUUCUCAUAAUUCCCAAAGUCCAUUUGGAGGUAAAACAAUCGUAUUUGGUGGAGAUUUCCGACAAACUCUUCCUGUCAUUCAAGGUGGUACUAGACAAGACAUUGUUAAUGCUUCUUUGACUUCUUCGUACAUAUGGGACCACUGCAAAGUACCCACUUUAACUAAGAACAUGAGGUUGACUGCAGGAAGUGGAAUGCAUGAUGUUGAGCAAAUACGAAUGUUUGGUCAGUGGUUGUUGGAUUUGGGUGAAGGGAAACUAGGCGGAUCUAAUGAUGGUGAUGCGAUUAUAGAUAUACCCGAUGAUCUUUUAAUCAUGGAUUCCGCUGAUCCUAUUUCAAGUCUUAUAGAGUUUGUUUAUCCUUCUCUUCUUGAAAAUUACCAAAGUUCUGGCUUUUAUCAAGAAAGAGCGAUUCUUGCACCGACGAAUGAAGUUGUUGAUGAAAUUAAUUCUCAGUUGUUGCUGAUGUUCCCAGGUGAUUCCAAGGAAUACCUAAGUUCCGAUAGUAUUUGUGAGACAGAAAAUCUACAUGAUGGUUUUGAUCAAAUUCUAUACUCUCCCGACGUACUAAAUGGUCUUAAAAUCUCCGGUGUUACAAAUCACAAAAUAGUACUAAAGGUCGGUGUUACCAUCAUGCUCCUCAGAAAUAUUGAUAAAAAAAAUGGUAUGUGCAACGGAACUCGCUUAAAGGUAAUAUCACUUGGAAAUCGCGUUAUUGAAGCAGAAGUGAUAUCUGGAAGCAACAUUGGUGCUCGAAUUUUUCUUCCUAGAAUUGGUAUAAUACCAUCGGAUAAGAAGGUUCCUUUUAGAUUUCGAAGAAGACAGUUUCCGGUUGCUUUAUGUUUCGCUGUGACAAUUAAUAAAAGUCAAGGCCAGUCAUUAUCCAGAGUUGGUUUGUAUUUGAAAAAUCCAGUAUUUUCUCAUGGUCAACUUUAUGUUGGUUUGUCGAGAGUCAAGAGCAGAGAUGGACUCAAAUUAUCAAUUCUUGAUAAUGAUGGUAACCUUACUAAUAGGACAUCUAAUGUUGUAUACAAAGAAGUUUUUAGUUACUUGUAA